UUGGUUUAAAAAAAAAAGUAAUUUGGAAUGAUUAUUUCAUUGUAAUAGUUAGUAUCGGUUCCAACCAUAAAAGACAAAAACUAAAAAUACCAAAUAAGGACCUUUUCUUUCUUUUUUUUUCAAUCCCCGUACGUUUUUGGUGUGUGAAGUGAGUUUGUCAAAGGAACGAUGAUUUUUCUCACUCUCUUUCGACCAAAUUAUUCUUUUUUUUUUUAUUUAUCUUUUUUAGUUCUCUCCUUUAUAAUCAUUAUUUGAAAACAUUCUAAAAAGAAAGAAAAUUCAAUCAAGGUGAACAUAUUUGUUCUUUUUUUUUUUUGGUAUCUAUUAUGAAUCCAGGAUGGGUGGCGCUUGUUUUGGUUUUGAUAGCCAUAAUGAAUACAAACUAUGUCUUAGCCGAAGAACGAAUGGAUCUCACUGACGAACUCACUAUGGACGAAUGGCCAAUAGAAGAGGAAAUUGACGGUAAUGAACUUGACCUAUCCAGCGACGAAAACAAGAAGGAUGAAAUACAACAACCAUUACAACAAUGGGAAACUGAUCAGAUCGAGAAUGAUGAAGAAGAGGAAGAGGACGAUAUUGACGAUGACGAUCAAGUUGAGGAAGAAGAUGAAACAAUGGAUAUAGUAGAAAACGAGGAGCAGGUCUCAGUGAUGGAUGAAAACAAUAGCGAAUAUUAUUACAACAAUGAAAAAGAAGAAAUUGAUAAGACUAUACUGUCAAAAGAAGAUUAUCCAUUUGAUUCAACAUCUCGGUUACAACAACAAGAAGAAAGGAUAUUGGCAGAAUUGGAUCAAUCUAUAUUGGAUACAUUAGAAAAAGCUAUUGAUAUGGUGAAAUACGAUCGGCCUGUGCGCUAUAUACCUCUACAAAAUGCUACAUCACCUUUAUCAUCAACAACAACAACAACAACAAUAACUUCUUAUUCUUGGUUUACAUUUUGUAUUUUGGGAUUGAUGUUAUGUUUGAUGGUGAUCGCUGUAAGAAAAUUCAAGCAACGACAAGACCAUCGAUUACCGGUAAAAAUAGAACAAAAGAAAAUUCAUGGUUAUACUAUUCAGCUAAACUUGUUCUAUUUUCUUUUUUUUUAGAGUUAUUCUGUUUAUAAACAAAAAAGUAGUGUAGAUUGAUAUUCCCCAUAUUUUGUAUUAUUAUUAUUCUCAACUUAUUUUUAUAUAUAUAUUUUAG